AUGGAGGAAAGGGAACCCUUGCAGGCCAAUCCAAUUGGGGACAAUGUGCAGCUUGAUCCGGUCGUCGUUGCCAACCUACCGCCGAACUCCAAGAUACUUUCGGUAACGCCAUCUGGGAAAAGCUUUUGGGCCAGGACAGUCAAGAUCGUGGUUGAGCUGGCCGAUGGUACUACCGCCCAGUUUUUCAAGAAGGGCGCCCGUAAUUCUGUUGGGAUGAAUAUGAUGAAAGGCGCAUGGGAAGCGGACAGCGCCUUAUACAAAUUUGUUCCCCACUACACUCCCCAGCCAGUCGGAUGGGGAACAUACGAGAAUGAUCCUGACACCAGCUUCUAUUUGUGCGAGUUCACUGACAUGAACGAUGAUCUUCCUAGUCCCCGAGAGUGGGCGAAAGCUGUCUCUUCCCUUCACCUGAUCAGUAUGGGAAAGUCACCCACCGGACAAUUCGGCUUUCCGGUUGCCACUCAUCUGGCCAACGUUCCCGUUAACAAUGCCUGGAAUGCCUCGUGGGAAGCGUUUUGGACCCAACAGAUGAAGAGCCUGUUUGAUCAAGAAGCGCGAGUCAAUGGACCCGACGAUGAGUUGGAGGCACUCAAGACAACAUACAUGUCCGAGGUCAUUCCUCGAUAUUUGCGACCUCUCGAAACGGAGGGCAGGUCCAUAACCCCUUGCCUUAUCCACUCUGACCUCUGGCCAGGCAACAUCAAACCGAAAGCCAACUCUUACGACGUGGAGCUGUGCAUGUUUGAUGCAUGCGCCUACUGGGGCCACAAUGAAGCUGAUCUGGGCAUCUGCCGGAAUCUGAGGUAUAAGCUAGGUCAGCCGUGUGUUCAAGAAUACCAUAAAAGAGUCCCCAUCUCCGAGCCUCAGGCGGACUUUGAUGGUAGAAACGCCGUGUACGCCAUGAAGUAUCAUGCCCUGCUGUCAACGAUGUACAAGGACCGGAAGUUCAGACAGGUCCUGAUCGAGGAGCUCAAGUCCUUAAUCAACAUGGCAGGUGCUGGCAGGUCGGACUCAGACGUUGCUUUACCUCCACGUUUGUGA